AAUAUUACAGUAACAACUGAGCGGCGCGUGAACUGUAUAUACACGGAAUCCGAGCGGAACAUACAGUUAAGGGAAGGCUGCCUAGCGCUAACUGCCCGUCGAGAGAGCGAUUCGUACCGCCAUAACAAUGUCACGCAUUGGUAUACGUCGGCCAAAGUAGUGGAAAGUCCUCCACAUAAAAGCUUUAAAUUUGGAUACAUGGAAACAAGGGCUGCAUUACCCCGGGGCAAAAUGCUAUCACCGGAAAUCAAAAUAUCCAUUGGUACAUUAACUGUGUAUCUGAUAGGCAACAAUGAUGCGAACCGUCGUUUCCAAAAUAGUUAUAAUACACCGGACCUGUUGAACGAAACGUAUCCAGAUACCGACGCAUUAAUCGCCGAAAGUGACUUGACCAAUUUUCACACGUACGGUCUCCAAUUUAAUAGACACGACAUUCAUUGGUAUUUUGAUGGACACAACCAAAUGUCAUUAACCGGAGCAUAUGCGCGCGACUUCUCAAGUAACCCUGUUUAUAUUUCUAUCGCGUUAAAUAUCGGGGGAAAUGAAUACGCGAACCAAUCACUCGAAGAUUCCGAUCACAUGGAGUGGCAGUGCUCGGCGUUUAUCGUCGAUUAUAUCCGG